AUGCCGCGUGCAGCCCCGCCCCUCCUCGCCUUCUCCAGGCACCGGAGCCUGGCCUCGUUACCGACAGCUGAUCGCAGAGACAGCACCGCCGCAGAUCACCGGACCCCGAUGGCGUCAGAGGAGCUCGCGCGGAAACUGCAGCGCAGGCUGGAUGCCACGGAGCGGCCCGGGAGCCCCGCGGAGAGCCCCGCCACGAGCCUCACCGAGCCGCGGCGCGAGACCGAGGACGCGGCCGCCGCCACUAACGGAGAGUCGUGCUCGUCCGAGCUCGCGCAGAAGCUCAGCCGCAGGCUGGAGAUGGACGGAGGCGGCGCGAGGCCCAGACACGUGAUGAAGGUGUUUAACCCCUACACCGAGUUCAAAGAGUUCACGCGCAGACAGAUCAAACAGAUGGAGGAGAUGUUCAAGAGAUUCGACUCGGGGAAGGACGGCUACAUCGAUCUGAUGGAGCUGAAAAUGAUGAUGGAAAAGCUGGGCGCUCCUCAGACUCACAUUGGCCUGAAGAAUAUGAUCCGUGAGGUGGAUGAAGACUAUGAUGGCAAGCUCAGCUACCGAGAGUUCCUUCUGAUCUUUAGGAGAGCUGCGGCAGGGGAGCUGCAGGAUGAUGACCCUUUGAUGGCACUGGCUCGUCUCUCAGAGAUCAAUGUGUCCAACGAAGGCGUGAAGGGAGCAUGCGAAUUUUUUGAGGCGAAGGCUCAGGUGCUCUCAGUACGCAGCAAGUUUGAAGCAGAACUCCGGGAGGAGAAAGAAGAGAAGCAGAGGAUGGAGGAGGAGAGGAAACAACGACGGGCCGCCUUCAAAGAGCUGCAAUCUGCAUUCUGUUCAUGAACACACACACACACACUCACACACAGUGUACCUCCUACUGAUGAAUACAGAAGCACAGCUGUAAAGCCUCACAGUAACUGUAGCUAAAGUAGCUCUCUCUCUCACACACACACACACACACACACACACACACACACACACACACACACACACACAGCUUUAACCGUGUGAGCUUCCUAUUUUAUUCUGACUAGCUCUAUUUUUGAAAUGUUUAAUAUAAGAGAGUAAUUUUAGUAAAUAACAAUAUUAAUGAAUAAUAAAUAUAUAUAGACAGGUGUAAUGUAUGAAUAUUUAAAGUGGGCCGCGUGAUGAGUGACUUCAUGACAUCAGGUUUAGAAAUGAAGGGAAAUAUGUGGACACUAUGAUUUUUUUAAGUUGUUUGUAGUUUUAUCCUUUGUUUUAAACUCAUGACCAUCUUUCUUAUUGUAAUUUAAUUUUUUAAGUCUUAAUUUUAAUAUUUUUUUUU